AUGCUUUCUAUACAAGACUACACUCACUUCAAGUCAUUAUAUGAGCUUGUGUACAGGAAGGAAUCGGAUGAUAUCCCUCAACUAUUCGACGAGAGGAGCAUACAAGAGUCUGGCAAAGCCAUCUUUGCUAAGUUGUGCCAAGAGAGUCCUGAUGAGGAAGAGGACGAGGAGCAUGAUAGGAGUGGCAAUAGCCAGCUGAGCAAAUCAGCUGAUUUCGCCAUGGCAAGAAAGCUCACACUGAUGUCAGAAAUGAACCACAACUUUGUUGCGGAUAGGAGAUUAUGGCUCUGGAUCCCGUCAAAGCCAUGGCUUUCCAGAGAGCGUGAUGCUCAAUCCUCUAUUAUCAGAUCAGCUGAACUGAGUUAUAUCUAGGCAGAAGUGAUAUGAUUUACGAAGAAAGGUCUUCAUGACUUACAACUUGAUAUGUGAGUAGAUGGCAUUGGCAUGAGAAAAGACCAAACCGUAACCUAUCGAGAUAUUCAUGUCAAUAUAGUUAUGAGCGGAUUGAAAAGCUGUAAGAACAAGGAGCCAUGCAACGCAGAUGGCUAGAAAGCAUGGUAUUUCCUACACUAUAUACGAUAAUCUCACGAUAACUGAUAGGCUUUAAGGACUUAAUAUAAUUCUUCUGAUCUCUCUGG